AUGAACGCCAAGUCUUUGUUGUGUUGUUUGGUUCUGAGCUCAGCCAGUUUUCUCAUGGUCUACUCACACAUGCUAAUAGAGGAGAGGAUAACCACAAAUGACUCCUCUUCUUCUAGUCUACAGCUGAAGACUCAAUCAGAAGCUCCCCCCAUCCUUAUUGUGGAACUGCCAAAAACAGUGAAGAAGACCAAAAAAACUGAAAAGAAACCACGAAAGAACAAGUUCAGCGCCAGAAGCAAGCGACCUCCGCCCCCAGCAAACUGCGUUCCUCUGUGGGGAAGCUGCAAAACGCCCAACACGGUGUGCUGCGAGUACUGCGCAUUCUGCCAAUGUCGCCUUUUCAAAACUGUGUGUUACUGCCGCAUGGGGAACCCGCGGUGCUGA